CCUGUCCCAGCUGCCAGGCCUGCGGGCCGCGGAGGGGGGCUCCCGCCAGGCGGGGACAGCCUUUCCCUGCGCUGCGCCUCCAGGCUGGACCAGCAGUUCCAGGCGGCAUGGAGGGGCCCCGGAGCUCCACCCAUGUCUCCUUGGUGCUGCCGCUUGUACUUCUGCUGCUGGGCCCAGCUAGGCAGGCCGCCGCCCAGCGCUGCCCACAGGCCUGCAUCUGUGACAACUCCAGGCGACACGUUGCCUGCCGGCACCAGAACCUCACUGAGGUGCCAGACGCCAUUCCUGAGCUGACCCAGCGGCUGGACCUGCAGGGCAAUUUGCUGAAGGUGAUCCCCGCAGCCGCCUUCCAGGGCGUGCCUCACCUCACACACCUGGACCUGCGCCACUGCCAGGUGGAGCUGGUGGCCGAGGGCGCCUUCCGUGGCCUGGGCCGCCUGCUCCUGCUCAACCUGGCCUCCAACCACCUGCGUGAGCUGCCCCAGGAGGCGCUGGACGGGCUGGGCUCACUGCGGCGGCUGGAGCUGGAGGGGAACGCACUGGAGGAGCUGCGGCCGGGGACGUUCGGGGCACUCGGUGCGCUGGCCACGCUAAACCUGGCCCACAACGCCCUGGUUUACCUGCCCGCCAUGGCCUUCCAGGGGCUACUGCGCGUCCGCUGGCUGCGGCUGUCGCACAACGCGCUCAGCGUGCUGGCUCCCGAGGCCCUGGCUGGCCUGCCCGCCCUCAGACGGCUCAGCCUGCAUCACAACGAGCUCCAGGCUCUGCCCGGGCCCGCCUUGUCCCAGGCCCGCGGCCUGGCCCGUCUGGAGCUGGGCCACAACCCGCUCACCUACGCGGGCGAGGAAGACGGUCUGGCGCUGCCCGGCCUGCGGGAGCUGCUGCUGGACGGUGGGGCCCUGCAGGCCCUGGGUCCCAGGGCCUUCGCGCACUGUCCGCGCCUGCACACCCUCGACCUCCGCGGGAACCAGCUAGACACCCUGCCCCCGCUGCAGGGCCCAGGCCAGCUGCGCCGGCUGCGGCUGCAGGGGAAUCCGCUGUGGUGCGGCUGCCAGGCGCGGCCCCUACUCGAGUGGCUGGUGCGUGCGCGCGUGCGCUCGGACGGCGCGUGCCAGGGGCCGCGGCGCCUGCGGGGCGAGGCUCUGGACGCCCUCCGGCCCUGGGACCUGCGCUGCACUGAGGACGCGGCGCAGGAAGAGGAAGAGCAGGAGGAGCGGGCUGUGGCCGGGCCCCGCGCCCCUCCGCGCGGCCCCGUGGAGGAGCGGGCAGUCGCGCCUUGCCCUCGCGCCUGCGUGUGCGUCCCCGAGUCCCGGCACAGCAGCUGCGAGGGCUGCGGCCUGCAGGCGGUGCCCCGCGGCUUCCCCAACGACACCCAGCUCCUGGACCUGAGGCGGAACCACUUCCCCUCGGUGCCCCGAGCGGCCUUCCCCGGCCUGGGCCACCUGGUGUCGCUACACCUGCAGCACUGCGGCAUCGCGGAGCUGGAGGCGGGCGCCCUGGACGGGCUGGGCCGCCUGAUCUACCUGUACCUCUCCGACAACCAGCUCGCAGACCUCAGCGCUGCUGCCCUUGAAGGGGCCCCCCGCCUCGGCUACCUGUACCUAGAGCGCAACCGUUUCCUGCAGGUGCCAGGGGCUGCCCUGCGCGCCCUGCCCAGCCUCUUCUCCCUGCACCUGCAGGACAACGCUGUGGACCGCCUGGCACCUGGGGACCUGGGGGGAACACGGGCCUUGCGCUGGGUCUACCUGAGUGGAAACCGCAUCACCGAAGUGUCCCUUGGGGCGCUGGGCCCAGCUCGAGAGCUGGAGAAGCUGCACCUGGACAGGAAUCAGCUGCGAGAGGUGCCCACUGGGGCCUUGGAGGGGCUGCCUGCCCUCCUGGAGCUGCAGCUCUCGGGCAACCCACUCAGGGCCUUGCGUGACGGAGCCUUCCAGCCUGUGGGCAGGUCGCUGCAGCACCUCUUCCUGAACAGCAGUGGCCUGGAGCAGAUUUCUCCUGGGGCCUUUUCAGGCCUGGGGCCUGGGCUCCAGAGCCUGCACCUGCAGAAGAACCAGCUUCGGGCCCUGCCCGCCCUGCCCAGUCUCAGCCAGCUGGAGCUCAUCGACCUCAGUAGUAAUCCCUUCCACUGUGACUGCCAGCUGCUUCCGCUGCACAGGUGGCUUACUGGGCUGAACCUGCGGGUGGGGGCCACCUGCACCACCCCUCCCAGUGCCCAUGGCCAGAGGGUGAAGGCUGCAGCUGCUGUCUUUGAAGCCUGCCCGGGCUGGGCUGCCGGAAAGGCCAAGCGGACACCAGCCUCCAGGCCCAGUGCCAGGAGAACACCCAUCAAAGGAAGACAGCGUGGAGCAGAUAAGGAACUUCCCCCAGUCGAAGCCCAAGACCAGAGCUGUGGAGCAGAGAGAGGACGAGUCAGACUGGGAGCCUGCGCAGCAGCCACUCCAGGAGCCUGGACCUCAAGGGCCCUGUGGGACCUGCAGAGGUAGGUCCCCCACCCCCAGCAGCCCCUCUCACAGCGCUGCCCACGACACCCUCCUUCACUCCCAUACCUGCUCCACCAGUGGCCAUGAGGGACCACUGUUGAGGACUGAAUUGAAAGGUGGCAAGACUCUCAGGAGUAGAGGAACAUUCAAAGGGAAAUUUCUCGCCCUUCUUCCCCCAAAGAGGAAAACUGAAAUAUCCCUGGGCUUAAAUUCCUCCCUCCUCCCUCAACCUGAUUGGCCACACCCAGUCUAAAUGUGGGGGAGGGGGUGCGCACACACCAGGGCCCCUCCAACUAAGCUCCUGCCUGCUGAGCUCAAUUUCAGUUAGAAACUCAGAACAAUGAUAGCAGAGUUGCUUUAUGCAUACAUUUAACUUGCUUAGCAAUUGCUACACACUCAGAAAAAAAGAGGCUCCUUUCCUUAUUCCACCACCCCUCUCCAAACCUGCCUUCAAACCAUAUCUGGGCCUUCAUUGCCC